AUGGCAAAGAUGGACUUCACAUAUCCUUCAUCAUCACCUGUAACUCAUAAGAAGCCAAAGAUUGAGAUGCCUGUCACCAAACCCUUAUCUACCAAGUUCGUCGUAGAGGUCCCGAAACCGCCUCCCUCAUUCAAUCGGGAUGGUUAUCCUAGCAUCACAGACUCGCCCAAAAAGAAGAAACUGGCAGCGCUGAGCUCGAAGCGAGAGAAAGACGAUCGACUAUUAACGAGUUUCGAAAGUCAGCUCGUCGAGAUCUUUGAGGCUCAAGAUCAACUUGCAUCAGAUACAGUGGCAGGAAGUUCGAAAUUUCAUUCUGCUCUAUUUGAUCUGCCUGACGAUGAGGACGAUUUAGAAGAACCGCGGCUUGCAAUCCCGGUCCACGAGAAAUUGCAGGCCGUUAUGAGCCAGCUGGUCUCUUCGGGCCGCCUCGCCGAUACUCCGACCGAACAUCUGCAACGUCUACAACGAUUAUGCGAACCUGCGAUUGAAGCAGCACAAACAGUCAAUUUGCGAGUGCCCGCGGAAACGUCAGAGGACACUUCUACUUGGCUGGCAAAACUUCAUAAAGCAACCAGCGGGGCCGCCUCAGCUUGCACUCUGAUUUACACCUCCUUGGGUUCGUCCCGAAACGUUGAACUUGUCAACCUGGAAGCACUGCAAUGGCUCCCAAAUGUACUGGUGAAUAUAUUCGAAAACUGCUUGAUUCCAGUUGUUGAAGCUCGUCCGGAUGGCCAGCACAGUCAACUGUUCAGCUUGGCAUCCUCACACUCCGAACCGCUUAGGCGCUUGUUAGAUCUUGGCCGCAAACUCUUGGAUCUUGUGGCAAGGGUCUGCGUGGAGAUCAGAGGAGCAAGUCCCAUCGUUAACUCGACCGAGUUCCUUGCCUCGAAGCUCAUCUUCGUUCAGAAUGGCUAUACCGAAAAGGCAUCUGCCAUCGGUUGUCAAGCUUAUGAACGACUGAGAAAGCAGGCAAUGGCAGCUGUGGCGAGGUUCUAUGCUGCUUUUCCCGCAGAGAGGUCGGCGAUAUUAGACGAGGUCUUGAGCUCGCUGGAUAAGCUGCCUUCCAAUAGCCGGAGUGCAAGACAGUACAAGCUUGGAGGCAACAAAAACAUCCAACUGGUUUCCGCCUUGUUCCUGCAGCUGGUGCAGACUUCGGCCAUGCAGUCCGGCAAAAAGGAAAAGCGUAGAGCUCGUCACCUUCCGCGAGACGCAUCAGUAAUUUCUGAGAAUGCAGAGCAAGAUGAAGAUUCGGCAAGUGAGAUGGAGGUUGACUCGGCGUCCGUCUCGGAUGGGAAGGACCCUUUAACGAAACUGAGUCAAACGGCUCAAUCCCUGCUCGACGACGCCCGGAAGAGCGCUCAUCAUAUUGUGAUAUGGAUGGUCGACAAAGCUUCCAAAGUCACCAAAUCUGGCGAUUCACCUUAUCGCAACAUUCUCGACUUGUUUGUGGAAGACAUGACAGUGGUCUUUGCCUCGACAGAUUGGCCUUCGUCUGAAUUGCUACUCACCAUGCUGGCUAUGCGCAUGAUCCGACUCGUGCAAACAGACAAAUCAGCCUCUACAAAGAACAUGGCCCUCGAAUCCUUGGGUGUAAUGGGUUCUGCCAUCUCGGUAACACGAGCGUCGGCGAGGAAUCUUUUGAAAUCCAUCUUGCGGGAUGGUGACACCAGCUCGUCUGCAGUUGCUCAGGAACUCUCUAAUCUGGCGGGUGAGCGAGCCAACUUCCUCCUUGAGGAGCAGGAACUCGUAUCCUCCAACGGCCCUUUCCCAAUCGUACAUGCAUACCUGGGACACAAAGGAGGAGAGGGUCUAAGAACAAAAUCUGCCCGAGCCUAUUUCCUGGUGCAGUAUGCUAUCCUUGUCUGUCGCACUGUGGAGAAACAACUUGGGGAAGAGCAGCAUUCUCCUCUGGACUCACGGCUCCUUUCUACGGUUGAGGCGGUGCUCCAGCAGCUCUUGGAGCCUGGCGAAUAUGACGGAGCCGCCAAUGACUACCCAGAAGUCAAAGAGUUGGAGGCACAAUUGGCAUACCUGCUGAGUAUUCUCAAUGGACAGUUUUGUCGACUCUUUCCGGCGAUUGCUAAGACACUCGCUUUAUCCCUCGACAGCGACCAGGCUCAAGUCCGGAGCCGCAGCUUGAAAAGCAUUGCUGCGAUGCUGGAGACCGACUCCAGUCUCCUCGAGUGGGAGACCACUUUAGCAGAAGCGAUUUUCAAAUGUGCCGCCGAUGACUCCUCUCUGGUGCGAGACUCAGCGCUAUUCCUGGUUGCCAAAUUCAUCAUGCCUAGACCUGCACUUGAGCAGAAAGCAUUUAAGAGGCUCUUGAAGUGUGCUGCUGAUACUAACGUCGGAGUGCAGAAGCGAGCCAUAGGUCACUUGAAGGAUGUCUAUAUGAAGGAGUCAAGGCAGAACAUGAAAGCAAUAAUUGCCAUCGAGUUUCUACACCGAUCGGCAGACCAGGAAAACUCCGUGGCUGAGCUUGCGAAAAAGACUCUAUCAGAAAUCUGGAUUGAUCCGAAGAUGACGAUGCUUGCCACUGCAGGUGAUACAGCACAUGUCGACGUGGCGAUUGAAGACCUCAAGACUCAUAUCGUUACGUGCCUUGCUAGCGAUACCGCGGCUUUAUCGUCGCUGCUCAAGAACUUCUUGAUCUGGAAACUCAAGGACACCAAGAAUGCCAUCCAAGUGCGAGACUUGUGCGCUCGUAUUGUGAAGAAACUCCUGGAUACUGCCAAUGGCUCCGAGGCAGGAGCAGCUGAUUUGACAACGCUUGUCGCAUUUGCUGAAGCGCGUCCGGAAACGGUGGUACCGGCAGACCUUACCAGCUUGAAGAGCUACCUAAAAGACCUGUCCAAGCAUGACAAUAUACUCAAGUUCAAGUCAGUUGUGGCUAUAUUCCGAUCGGUAUUGCCACACCUGUCAAGCACUCAAGCCCCAUUGUUGGAAGAGGUUCAGCUGGAUCUCCUCAAAGCCGCGCAGAAGCUCGUCCCCCGACACGAAUUAGAGGAGGUGAUGUCCUGUCUGAGGAGCAUUGACGGAGUGCUAAACAAUACAGGCAAGAUGGCCUCCUUCGCUAUUUCGCUCAUCAAGAACGUGCUGCAGCCCAAUAUCCCCACUCAGAUCAGGGAAGCUAUGAAGAGACAAAACCAGCUUGAAGAGCUCAAAGCCAAAGAAAAUCGAAUGAGGGAACACUCACUGCGUCUCAUCGGAGUGGUUGGUAAGCACAUUGACCUUGAAAGGUUUCAAGCCCAGUUCCAGAAGGUCUUCUCUUCUUCCGAGCCUCCGUACAAAGGCGGAUCUGUAGCAGGGUAUAUUGCGGAUUGUAUCGUGCAAUUUACCUUGCGAUCGUCGCCUCUCGAGAUUCGGUUGAAGGCGCUUGAGGGUCUUGGCCUCGUUUGUCAAGCAUGGCCGGGCCAAUUCAACAAGCGCCUUGUGCGAGAAACGUUCUUUGAAGUGCUCGAGGGCAAGACUUUCAGCGGGCUGGACACCAAGGAUGUCCUGAGGAUGCAGGUCAGGGUACUCGAAAUCUUCGUAGAACUCUAUGGAACGCGAGCCAGCAAGAAAGAGGAGGCCAAGGAAGGUGAGGGUGGAGGCGAAGUGCAAGCGCUGAAGAACAUUGGUGGAGACAACAAGACUCGGGAAGACGAGAGUGCUAUUGCUAUCAUCACUAACCCCCUCGUUGACCACUUGAUACGGAUCGUCAACACGGAGACGGGUGAGAAAGCACUGCUUGCUGCGCAGACGUUGGCCAGCAUAGACCACCAAGGCAUGACACACCCCAAGCAAAGCACGUCGGCGUUUGUGGCUUUGGAAACCAGCGCUGAUGCCAAGAUUGCCACGGUCGCUCGAGUGGCGCAUGCGCACCUGCACCAACAGCACGAAUCGGUAUGCGAGCGGGAGUACGUCAAUGCGGUAUACGCAGCAUUUCGGUAUCAGAACGACGUGUUCCAGGAUCCUCAAGGCGGCGUCGUACCCGGAUUCAGAGCCAAGCUCGAACCGGCAUUCAGCAUCAUCAGCACCAGCGGCUCGAAGUAUGUGAAGAAAUUCAUCAGCAGCGUCAUCUCGAAGAUCACCACCGAAUACUCCAAGCUGAGCGUGACCGAGGAGGGAAUUCCUGAACACGUGUUGUUCGUGUUAUUUGUGGCGCAGAAUCUGGCGUUCCUGGAGUACAAAAAGAUGGACGAGUUGCUCCAUACGGUCUUGCAGCUUGAGUUGGCCUUUGGCAAGAAUGGCGCCGAGACCGCCCAGGCUAUCGAAACUUACCUUCCGCCAGCGCCAGGCCGAACUACAGAAAGGAACGAUGAAGUCGAGCCAAAGGUCGAAGUCGAGCCCGCGCCGACAGAGAUCCAGGUUGACCCGGUGCUACUCAAGCGAUUGACGUCGGCAGCGUGCGCGAUCACGUUGAUAUCUGAGGCGAGAAAUUUUCUGAAGCGGCAAUAUGGGAUCUCGCGGGACGUCAGGAUGGCAAUGCAACAAAACAAACAGACCAAGGAUGGUGGGAAAGAGCCGAUGAAGGUGCACGGUAUCACGGGCGACAAAUUUUGGCAGAACACCAACGCAGUGCUCGAAUCACUCGCCAGCAGUGGGGAAAUGAUUGCACGAUGCCGAGAAUUCGUGACUCUUGUCGCUGUGGACGACGAGGUGAAGAUAGCUGAAGAGGAGGCAGACCUGAACGCGAUGAUGGAUAGUGCACCGGACCAGACGAUGGGCGCACCACGAGGAAAGAAGCGCAAGAGCAUGUCUGGUUCGGCCGGCGGAACACCCAAGAGACCUCGAGGCCGACCACCCAGGAACGGCUACGCAGGACGAUCAGUGAGCGUUUCAUCGCUGGAAGGUGCUGAUGGCGAUUUUGAGGAUUAA